CUGAAAUCAAGUUGGAAAGACCGGUAGUGCUGACGGAGGUUGCGGUGUUUACAUGGCUUUGGUAGCUAGAAGAAGUGUAAAAAUUGCUAUGUAUACCUGGGGUGUAUAGCUAAAAAGUGUGUAACAGAAUCGAUUGUGAAGAAUGGGGGAAAGACUCUUUCCGAACUCAUCAGCCUGAGGUGCUUGAGUCCCCAGUCCAUAUGGCUGUGUAUGAUGAGAACAUCCAGAAGAACCCAUUCUACCUGGAGCUAGAGAAGCAGCGGCCGGACCUGUGCAGUAAGGUCGCGGAGCUCCAUGGCAUUGUGCUGGUGCCUUGUCGGGGGAGCCUGCCUGCCGCUUCCUUCCCAGCGGCGCGCUUCGAUGGCUACGUUUUACAGCCCAUGGAAGAGGGAUACCGCACUCUGGAUGGCAAGGAGGUGGUCAUCCAGGAUAACGUGGUUAAACUGGGAGCAGGCCUCCAGGGCCCAACCUCCAUUCCUAUCCUGUUUGAGGAGACCUUCUAUAAUGAACUGGAGCAGAGCUACAGCAUCCUGUGUAUUGCCCGUCCCAUAGACUGCGACCAAAGUCACACAGAGAUGGCCCCGGCCCCCACGUCCCAGCCCCCACACCACUGUCUGAAGAAUAUGGACGACGUUAAGGAGUUUCUGGGCCGCCACACUGACAAGCUGGACAAGUUCAUCACCACCUUCCGGCAUUCCUUCAAGGAGCAGGAGAGGAAGGGGCUGAGGCACCACAUCGACUCCGUAAAUGCACUUUACACAAAAUGUCUUCAGUGCUUGCUGAGGGACUCGCGACUGAAAGUGCUGGCUAAGCAGGAAUGGCAGAUGUGUCUUCUCAAGCAGGCUGUGGAGAUGUACAUUCAUCAUGGUAUCCAUGACUUCAUCUUUAAGUACGUUGGAAGUAUUGAAGCAAGCCAGGAUGCGGCUUUCAACAAAAUCACCAGAAGUCUGCAGCAUCUGCAGCAGAAAGACUUGGGUGUGAAGUCUGAGUUUUGCAUUAACAUACCGCGGGCGAAGAGGGAGCUCGGUCAGCUGAACCGCUGCACCUCACCCCAGCACAAGCUGCUCUGCCUGCAGCUGGUGGUCCUCACCAUUAUGCAGUCCCCCAGCCGCACAGUCAACAUAGAAGCCAUGUGCGCAGAUGAUCUGCUCUCGGUCCUCCUGUAUCUGCUGGUGAAGACGGAAAUCCCUAAUUGGAUGGCUAACCUCAGCUACAUCAAGAACUUCCGGUUCUGUCACUCUGCAAAGGAUGACCUGAGCUACUGCCUGACGUCGUUUGAGGCAGCGAUAGAAUACAUCAGCCAGGGAAACCUCACGCAGGAUCCCACGGGCUCCGGCGAGCUGAACGACAAAGCAUUCCUCAGGAAUAAGAUGAACCUGGUGUCGCAGAACGCCGUCACCCCCAUCGACUGCCUGUUCGAGCACAUAGCAAACGGGAAUGAGGCAGAAGUGCGGCAUCUGCUCAGCGAGGGCGAGAGUGAUGAGGAGGGCCCUGGCCUGUGCCACCCGCUGUGUUCCUGUGAUAGCUGCGAGCACCGCCUCUCUGGGAGACUGAACGACCCCUCCAUCGUCACCCCCUUCUCCCGGGACGACAGAGGCUACACUCCGCUCCACGUGGCUGCCGUCUGUGGUCAGUCACAACUGAUCGACUUGCUAGUGUCCAAGGGCGCAGUCGUCAGUGCCACGGAUUACCAUGCCCUCACACCUCUGCACCUGUCCUGCCAGAAGGGAUACCAGGGCGUCACGCUGCUACUCCUGCACUACAAGGCCAGCACGGACAGCCAGGACAACAAUGGGAACACAGCCCUGCACCUGGCCUGCAUGUAUGGACACGAGGAUUGUGUGAAGGCUCUUGUGUACUACGACCUGCACUCCUGCCGCCUGGACCUGCAGAACGACAAGGGGGACACCCCACUGCACAUUGCAGCUCGCUGGGGCUACGAGAGCAUCAUCGAGGUGCUGCUGGAGAACGGGGCCAGCACUGCAAUCCCCAACAAAGCCAAAGACACACCCCUCCAGUGCGCCCUCAAUGCCAAGAUCCUGGGUCUCCUGGAGCUGACGCGGAGCGGCUCACAGAGGAGUCCCAUGGAGUCCCCCAGGCGGUCCCCCCAGCCCCCCUGCAAUCUCAGCAUCAGCCGCCGCUCCUCCUUCUCGAGCACGUCGUCGCUCAACACCGACAUAAAGCCGGACACGGACCGCGUGCGCCAUAAAGAGGUGGAGAAGCUUCUGCGGGCUGUGGCUGACGGAGACGUGGAGAUGGUGCGGUACCUUCUGGAGUGGCUGGACGAGGACCCAGAGGAUGAGGAGGCAGGACUGCCAGCACCACAGACUGAGCUGUGCCACCCGCUGUGCCAGUGCGUGCAGUGCGAGCCCUCGCAAAAGAAGCUGUCCAGCCUACAGGCCAGUGGUCUGAGUGUGAACAGCAGCACGGCCGACGGCUUCACUCCCCUCCACGUGGCGGCGCUGCAUGGACACGCCCUCCUCACCUCCCUGCUCACCCGCCACGGCGCCAGUCUCAACGCCCGCAACAGCCAGAGCGCCACCCCACUGCACCUGGCCUGCCAGAACAGCCACCUGCAGGUGGUGAGCCUACUACUGGAGUGCAAUGCCAAGCUGAACAAGAGAGACCAGUACGGCAACACCCCCCUGAUACACGCCUGCCUCAGGGGCCACUUGGAAACAGCCAGGGUGCUGCUCACGAGCGGUGCGUCGGUGAACGUGUCCAACCAGCAGGGCAGCACGGCACUGCAUGAGGCUGUCAAGGGCGGCCACCUGGGCCUGGUAGAGCUGCUGGUGAAGGCUGGGGCCUCGGUCCACCUCCGGAACAAGAGGCAGAGGACAGCCCUGGACUGUGCCCUGGAGAUGGGGGGCAAGAACUUAGAGAUUGUGAGGAUUCUUCAGAAAGCGUCUGGACUUUCCCCAGAGGAGAACCCCAUCCAGGUGCUGUCUGUACCCCGCGGAGCUCUGGGGAAGACGCAAUCGAUCAUGCAGCGGCUGAAAGCCCUGGACGACCCCCGCGGCCGACGGUGGGACACAGAGCAGUCCAUCCAGCGCGUGCAGCAGCUGAAAAGAGCCAUGCUAAGGGACAUGACCGCACCGUCUCUGGAUUCAGCGACGCUGAACCAGACCUUGGCUGCUACUUGCCAGACUGACGGCAGACUGGAGCGAGAGCGGCUCCGACCAAGGGGGGGCACGAUGGAGAAGAGCAGCCUCUUGCCCCCAGCCCACGAUUACACCUGGGAGAGGCCCAUCUCGCGCAGCAAGACUCUGAGUCGCAGUCACACGGUCGCACUGGAACAGGACUACCACACAGGGGCACCAGGACUGGCACGCGGGGGCCACAUGGACACCGGUGACGCUCCGCAGGAUGCCCCUCUGCUCUCACUCCAGCAGGUCAAUGGGGAACCAGAUGGGCAACCGGAGCACAGCGGUCUCGAGCCCGCAGGCCAUGUAAUAGACAACGUGGCUUCAGAAGCACUGUGAGGCAUCGCGACAGUGGCAGACCACGACCCUCCAACAUACCUCACGCAGUGGGGUAACGUGCUUCAAAUAUGCUUCGCAUACGAGGCAGCAUUGAUCCCACGAUUGCCCCGUUGCCACUGCAGAUAAAGGCCUCGUUAUCGGCCUCUUCACCCCCCUGCCCCCCCCACAGCGCUGUCUCUAUGCUUUCACAAAAAGGGAAGUGACUUGAGAAACAACCCGAGACGGACGUCCUGCGCUCGUUUCCUGUCACGCCCCAUGUCUCCCCGUGGUCGUAGCAGUCUUUGGUGGAGUAGCGUAGCAUAAACCCAGAGCCACAUCGGGGAGCUUAUAAGGAUGAAAUGGGACACAGUAUCCUGGCCCCACACACUUAAUCAGUUUUAACAGUUUUAAAUGGGCAUGUGUAUUUCUAUGUUUUUUCCCUUUUUUUUUAUAGACUCAAUUCUUUUGGAAAUCGCAGUAUUUCUCAGGGUUGGUGUUUAGCAGAAGCAGUAGCUGUUGCAUUUCAUUUAUGGAACAGCUCUAGAACUCAUCUGCACCAACUCGAAGACCAGAGAAGGGAGGCGUGAGAAGACGACAGCCCGAGGAGAAUCCAGGAGGGAAGCCUUCAGAGAUCCCACAGUGUUACUGCAGGGCUGCGGCUGCCUGGAUCCCAUCUCGCCCACCAUCUCUGUGUAUAAUGGGAGAGAGUGUCUGACUCCCACUCACAUGCCACUUUCCACACCACGUCCAGCGUGCAGUGAGAGAGCAUGAGCAACUUCUUAAACGCAUAAAUCUGCGCCGUCUACUAAAAAUGAAAAAUCUUGCGAAACCUAAUAUGACACACAUUAUACCGUUUCUUAACAUUUCACAGGAAGUGCUUUGGCAUACUGGAAAAUACAGAAUCGUCACAGGACGUCCUCGUCCCCUGAAUGUUUUUGAUGCAACAUGAAUGUUCCAGUUACAGUAACCACGUCACAUUGCCAAUAAUAUAUAAAAUACAUUUCUCUUGAUCAUUCAAAGUCAUUUUCUUUGAAAUUCAUGUUUACCAGAGAUGCAGCUUUUUGAAUAACAGAUUUUAUUUUGUGGACUUUUGAUUUUUACAGUUAAACAGCACAUCUCCAUAUAUGGAUAUAAUCCCCCUCCCCCUUUAUUCUGUCACUAUGGAGAUGGCUUUUUUGUUUGUUUACAGAAUAGGAGCUGGUCUGAUGGUUAAAACAAUAUGUCCACUGACCAGUUACCUGCAACAGGGGCUUCAUAGCAAUGCUAUUGCAUAUUUCAAUGAAAUCUGUGCAGUGAUUCCCCCACAGAAUGAUGGUGACCCUUUUCCUAGAAAUCUUACACACAUUACUGGUAAAGUCAUGAAAAAUAAAAAAGGUUUUCUCCUGUGUACUUGAUGUGGUCUGUUAUAAAAGUAGUUAAAUUGGUGUCAUUUAUCUGCACUAAUCAGAUGGAGAAUCAUGGUUAUUUUUAUACAGUUUUAUUCAGUAGAAUCAUUUUAUUUUUAAGCAAAUGUGCCUUAUUUAAUUUUGUGCCAAAAUAACCUAUAAUAAACUCAUGCAAAAGAAAGUCACUUCACUUUUCUUAUUUGGUGUUGCGGAAGUGUAUAUUUCUGGUGUCCUUACAUGUUUGUGAAUGAUAAGCUGUGCAUUGCCAUGAACAUCCGUAGAGGGCGCUGUUGUGAAGCAGUUUCCUCUUAAUAUUCCCUAAACAGCGUGAACGGUUGGAGGUGUCAAUCAAAUGGACUUGUGUUGCACUGAAGCAUUUAAAAAGAAUGAUUUGUAGGCGCCUGGCAUGGAUUGACCCAUGUUUCUGUAUGUCAGACUGCUCUUGGGCAUGUUUAGCAUUUUCAGUUUUCCCUUGACUGCUUAUUUUUAAAUACGUGUCCCACCGGUUGAAUAGAAAUGGCCAAUCAAUUGUGAAAAUUGCCUUUGUCAUUAUUUACUGAGGAUCAAAUGUCAUUUUGGACAUGUCAGCUUGAAGGAUACUCUGGGUUUGGAGAUACUAAAACAUUAGCCACCAGGAUCAUUUAAAAUUCUGCUUUCAUUGGAUUCUUGACAUACAAAAAUUAGAUGGGGCAGUAGUAAAAUUGUGCACAGAAAUUAUUAGCUUCCUGUUGAAAUUAACUUUGUGUACUUUGAAAAUAAUGUUUCCCUAUGUAGGAUAUUUUUGUUUAUAAGUCUAAUAAAAAUGAGGAGAAUGUUUGUA